GGGGAGCAGCACUUUGUGUUGCCUGCAGACACAAAAACGUGGCAAAUGCAAAGGGAAGCAAAUAAAGCAGGGAAAUAAAGAAAUUACCCCUGCUUUUGCACAGUCGGAGAGGGAGGAGACGGCUUGCUGCGUUACACCGGGAGUGAGGAAUAGAUGCAGCUGGAGGAAAGCUGCCUGCCUUCCCCCUGCCCUAGUCCAGGGCAUCUGCCCUCUUUCCAGGUGAUGGAACUCAGGGCCCUGAGGUGUGGGGGACCCGGGGCCGUGCCAAGUUUGUUUCUAACUGCAGGGAGUCACAAAGCGGAGAGAAACGUCUGGUUUGGGCAGAAGCUGUGCCCCUCAGCGGCAUGGCGCGCGCGGGAGCCGCCGCGGCCGCAUCCGCCCUGCCACUGCCGGCAGCACGGCAAGUGCGGGGCUGGGGGGGCUGGGGAGCUGCAGGUGAGGCUCCGGCAAGGCCCCGUCAGACUGUCUGUAGUAUAUGUAAAUGAGAGAAGGCUAUUUUUGGAAUAAAAGCUAUUUUAAACGGGGCUUGUAUAAAUGAAUCCUCUACAAAAUGCUUGGCAGCUUGUAAAAUAAACAUGGGCGAUUCGCAGCUGCUUGGGGCUCUGCUGUGCAGCUCCAGGGCCCCCCCAUCUGUGCCCAGGCAUCCCAGGAGGACGCAGCGCAAGCAGAGGGAUGCGGCCGGCUGGCCCGGGCCGGGGGUUGCAGGGCCCCAGCCGUUCCCAUUUACAAAAUGUGGAGCAGGAGUCGGAAGCAGGGUAGGUAGGCGUGCCGGGGCAGAGGUCUCCCCUCUGCAGGCAACCCCGGUUCUCCUGCAGGACGUGCCGCUGGCCGGCCGGGAGAGGAAGGGAUCCAGAGGAUACAGAUAGUUUCCUUUAUCAAUUAACUCCAGCCUGUCAGAGCCUCCCUGCCUGCUCUGGGUAAUUAACAGCCCUUUCACCUGCCAAGCACUGGGUUAGAAUAAAUUAUAGACCCCAACUGGGCAGGUAGCCUUCGGCUUGUCUCCUGUUGCGCUGGCCCGGCAGUGCUUUGGCCGGGUACCCGCGGGGCCAAGGAGCAUCGCUCUGUCCUGCUGGCAGACAGACAGACGGAUGGUGCUGGCUCCGUUCCUGCACCUCCCCCUCUCUGUGCCAAGCCUCUUGCAGAGCCUGUCCCUGCGGGCCUCGUCACGGGGGUUCCCCUGGUCCCCGGAGGAUCCAGCAGGCUUUUCGAAUCCUGCUCUUUUUAUCUGGUGAGUAUUGUGCAGGUUUCUUCUGUUCAGUGACAUGGCAUUAAGGCAAACGUCAAUGCAGGGUCCAAGUGCCCUGUGUCAACAUGUCCACCUUCACCAAGCCAGUUUCUCUGUGAUUAGAGAAUAGGAGGAAAGGAAUUGGGGUUUAUACUGUCAUCCAGAGUCCGUAGGGUUCUUGUGAUAUCUCAUUAACAUUGAGCCUUCAGGAAUUAGCAGCAAAUGCCUUUUACUCCUCAGGAAGCCAAUUAGCUAUUUAAAAAAAAAAAAAAAAAGAGUUUAAUUUUGGUUUGGUUCCUCCUGCUGCUGAGCUACCGCUCCAGCCCCGGGCCUGGCAGUGCUGGGGAUGGAAGCUGCAGCCCCGGGGACCACUGGUUCUCUCCUGGAGACCCACUUGGCCCCCCGGGCGCGGCUCGGCGGGCCCCCUUGUGCGGGCGUUGCGGCGGGGAGUGGCGGGGGACGUGCAGCCUGGGCUGCCCCUGCCGCAUGCAGGGCCCCCAGGCCCCUGGCAGGGGCACGGGGUGAGGACAGCGGUGUGGCACCGAGCGAGGGGGCUGCCCUCUGCUCCUGGCAGCCCGGGCUGCUGAGGGGAUGCAGCGAUGGGAAGGGGCUGCUCAUCCAGCCCGACGGGCUGUCCGAGGGGGGAGCUGCAUUCCUCCACACAAAGGUCCUCCUGUUUGUCCCAUUAGCGCCAUCAUUAAAAACCAGUUAGUCUCCUAUAGAGAGCAAAUGCAGCCCAGGCAGGGCCUUGGCAGCCCCAGAGCCCGGUGUCCCCGCUAGCCCUGGGGAGUGCCGGGAGAGCCAUCCCUCCCCCCCGCCUGCUCUCCUGCUUGUGUACUGGGGAUAAUUGGUGCAGGGCGCCGGGAGCCCAGCUUCGCACCUUGUUAGCAUGGCAAUUAGCUCUCUUUGCCUUCCUGAUUGCUCCUGUGCAUAUUUGACUCCAAUCCAUCUUUCCAGGGAGUUAUAAAUGCCGCGCUGGGCAGGCAGGGGGGAGUCGGCUGGGGCAGGGACAGCAGAGCCAUGCUGGGGACCGUCCCGCUGCUGGCGCUGGUGCUGGUGCUGGCGCUGGUGCUGGCCCUGGCCAAGCCGGCAUGCCCGAGUGUGGCCAGCGCGGCGAGCCAGCGGGCUGAGGCGCUGAAGAGGCUCCUGGAAGUCUUUGGCAUGGAGGACCCUCCGGCCCCCCCGGCUCACUUCAAGCAGCCGCCCCAGUAUAUGGUGGAUCUGUUCAACACUGUCGCCAACGCAGACGGUGUCACCAAGAACCCUGACAUCCUGGAGGGCAACACGGUCCGCAGCUUCUUGGAUAAAACUCAUGGUGAGAAGAUGCGGUUCCUCUUUGUCCUCUCCAGUGUGGCCAAGAGUGAGAAGAUCCUGACGGCAGAGCUGCAUCUCUUCCGUCUCUGGCCGAGGGCCACCAACGGGCCCAAAAGGCACCACUUGUGCCAGGUCAGUGUCUAUCAGGUGCUGGAGAAGAGCGAGCUGGACACCCCCGGAGGGAAGAAGCUGCUGGCAGCCAGGCUGGUCUCGCUGCAGGGCUCGGGCUGGGAGGUCUUUGCCAUCACACAGGCUGUUCGUGACUGGACUGAAGACGAAAGCAGCAACCAGGGUUUGCUGGUGACAGUCCAGGGCCUGGGCGGGGGUCCGCUCGGCCCCCCGCCACUGCAGUUUGCAUCCAGCAGUGACCCCCACGAGAGCAAGAAGCCCAUGUUGGUCCUGUUCACAGAUGACGGGCGCCGGGGAGCAUCCCUGCCCGUGGCUGGCUUCCCAGAUUUAGGGCCUCAGGCUCCCGUUCUCCCCCCCGAGAUGUCGGUGCCUAAGCUGACCGGGCCACGCAGCACGCGCUCACUGGACCGGCUCCAGCCCUGCCAGAGGCAUCCCUUGUCCGUGGACUUUGAGGAGAUCGGCUGGUCCGGCUGGAUCAUCUCGCCGCGGGGGUACAACGCCUUCCACUGCAAGGGCUCCUGCCCCUUCCCGCUGGGCGAGAACAUGCGCCCGACGAACCACGCCACCGUGCAGUCCAUCAUCAACGCCCUCAAGCUGAGCGAGGGCGUCAGCAGCCCCUGCUGCGUGCCCGACAAGCUCUACUCCAUCAACCUCCUCUACUUUGACGAUGAUGAGAACGUGGUCCUCAAGCAGUACGAUGACAUGGUGGCCGGGAGCUGUGGGUGCCACUGAGGCAGGAGGAGCAGGGGGGUGGAAAUGCCACGGCAGUGGAGGCUGCUCCCACUCCCUCCAGCGCACCUCUGCGGGGCACGCUGUCCCACGAAACUCUCUAAAAGAGCCUGGGGCAAGCAAAGGAAGGGGGUCCCCAGCUCUGCCCCGGGUGGUGUCACCCCCCAGGACGACUCAGGGCUGAGCUCUGAUCAAAUCGACCUGAGUAGGCCCAUCCUAUUCAGCAGCCCCAGGGCAACAGCUCCAUUUUGGGGUGCCCUGCACGGGGGUGCAGGUUUCCUUGCCUGUGCAGAGACUUCCCACAAGGCUGUACUAUAUGUAUAUAGCAAGAGCACUAAUAUAUGACAGAAACUGCCUGUACAGUGCCCUGUAAAUGUCUGUACAUUUCUGCAUUGUUGUGACUUGUAAAAUGAAUUCAGAGGAGCUGUUAAAA